CCCCCCCCCCCCCCACCCUACCAAAAAAAAAAAAAAACUGAAAAUUAAAUUAAAUAAAAAUAAAUUUUUGUAGUAGAUAUGGAUGAAUCUCAGCCGAUCGUUGCCGGAGAUUAUGCGAUGAUCGUCGCCGGCGCUGAGAAGAGGAAGAGAGGGCGGCCGCCACGUGGACAGGCAGUGAAGCCGCCACGUGUACAGGCGGUGAAGGUACAGCGAGUAGUGGAGGAGGAUGAGGAAGAAGAUGUUUGUUUUAUAUGUUUCGAUGGUGGUUCGCUUGUAUUAUGCGAUCGCAAGGGUUGUCCGAAGGCAUACCAUCCAUCUUGUAUUAAGCGGGACGAGGAAUUUUUCAGCAACAAUGCUAAAUGGUUCUGUGGUUGGCAUAUUUGUAGUGUGUGUGAGAAGGCUUCCCACUAUAUGUGCUAUACUUGUACAUUCUCAUUGUGCAAGGGAUGUACAAAAAAUGCUGAUUACUUCCGUGUUCGAGGAAAAAAAGGCUUUUGCUCAAUGUGCAUGAGAACUAUCAUGCUGAUUGAGAAUAAAGACCAAGGGAACAACGAAAAGGUUCAAGUAGAUUUUGAUGACAAAGGCAGCUGGGAGUAUCUUUUCAAGUUGUAUUGGGUAUACUUGAGAGACAAGCUAUCACUAACAGUAAGUGAACUCAUUCAAGCUAAAAAUCCCGAGAAAGAAUCAGAUAGGAUACAGGAACUGACAUAUGGUCAUUAUGUUGCAAAUGCUAAAGGAGAGGGAUCUAUCAUGGCUCAGUGCAAAAUGAAUGAGAAAACAGCGGCUCAUGGAACUAAUGUCUUGGAGAAGCUAGGAAAUCGAGCUAUUGUUGACCAGGCUGUGGAUGGGUCUGGAUCCGAAACUUCAAUUGCAAGUCUCUCAACAGCGAACUCAGCAUCCGCUAAUAUCAGUGAAACAGAUGAAGUGUGGCAUUACCGUGACCCUAAUGGUAAAACGCAAGGAUCAUUUUCAAUGACGCAAUUGAGGAAAUGGAGUAAAUUGGGGCUUUUCCCACUUGAUAUGCGGAUAUGGACAAAUGAUGAGUAUCAUGACGCAGUACUUUUAAAUGAUGCACUAAAUGGGCUGUUCCGUAAAGCCCCUCCAGUUCAUGGAAAGACAAGAAGCCAGUCUCAGGAGCCUCGACCUGCCUCUGAUGACAGAAAUGGUGCUGGGUGUGGAAGUUCUCCUGCAACAGGAAGAGAAUGCAGAGAAAUGGAGGUACCUUGCCACCACUGUGCAAGUAAAGAUUCAAAUGGAAAUGCUGAGAAUGUAAGGAUGGAUGGGCUGUCUGCUCCUUUGCCAAAAUUUUUGGACUUGAUGAAUGGAAGUAAUUCUUAUUCAGACAAACUCCAACUGUGUGGCCCAGACCCUUCGUCCCAUCAUGGGGAGGUACAUGUAGCUCUUCCAAGUAAGGAAAGAGGUCAUGAAAAUGUGGAGCUUUGCAUUGCCACAGGUCAAGUAAAAUCCCUGAAUAGUGAUAGUAACAGUCGUAAUAACCAACCUAACAACCAGAGUUAUGUAGGACAGUCUUCUGGACAGAAUUGGGGGUCCUCAAUCGGUAGCAGAAUUUCGAUUAACUUGGACAAUGGUCUUCCUUCAGGUACCAAUUCAAAAGAUUCAUUUGAGCAGAAAGAUAACAUGAAUCUUCCAGAUCGGCCAAGUCCUGCCAAAAAAACAACCUACGACGAUAUUGAAGCUCAGGCUGCUGAAAAGCUGCUUUCUUUGAGUUCAGGUGUUCCUCUUCGUGCUUCAGAUAUCCAAGAUUGGUCUAGUUCUAAUCCAAAGUCCUAUGGUGAAGCUAAAGUUGGACAGGAGCCAGCUGGAAACAAAGAAUCUGCUCCUUCUAAGCUUUCUGUGCAGGAUUCGGGCCGUAGCUGGAGUAGUGAUUCUAGUCUAGCUGAUGAACAGGAUGGAAAUUCACCAACUACUGUUGAACCAUCUGCUGAAGAAUGGGAUUCAAGUCUUGUCUCCAUUUCUUCGUUGAAGCCAGCUGAAGCAGUGAGUGAUCAUGUUGCCACACGCACGGCCACUCCGAUUGCAGAUCAACUUGAUCAUACUUCUACAUCUCUUCAGAUGUCAAACUUAUCAACCUGGCAGGCUACUGUUAAUGAGCCUAUUGAGUUCAGCACUUUGGCUGAAGAGUCGGUGUCAGAUCUAUUGGCAGAAGUUGAUGCAAUGGAAUCUCAAACUCAAAGUGAUAUGGGUUCACCUACUUCAGCAAUGAGGUUUAGUGAGCAGAUGAUACCAGGUUACAAAAACUUUAUUUUAGCUCUGUUUGAGGACUUGAGUCCUACGCGUGAUCCUGCAAAAAGUGACGGCUUGAGCUCAAAUGGAGAUAUAAAGCUGCCUUGUCAAUCACCUGUGGCAGAUGAGCUAGUUGGGCCAUCUCAAGCUGAUGCAUUUGACCCUUUAAAAAGGUCUGAUGGAAAUUCAUCUAAUGAACAACGAAGGAGAAUCUAAGUAGGCUAAUCUACAGCUAGUUGGGGCAUCUCAAGCGGAUGUUUUUGACACUUUAAAAAGGUCUGAUUCGAAUUCUCCAACAAGGACUGGGGAAGAAACCAAGUCAGCUGAUGUUUCCUUUACCCGAGAGGAACCUGGUUUCAAUAUUGCUGCAUCUUGUAGGAGUCAAUACACUGAAUUUCUCAGCAGUUAAUAGGAGUAGUACUAAAUAGGAAGCUAUGAGCACUGGCCGUGGGACAGCUCAGAGAAACACGAUUUUGGGCUGAUCAGUUCAGGAUUUUCAAAUGUUGGGUGGGGUACUACUGCAUGGAGAAAUUUAUAAACGAAUAUGGCCUUUUCUGGGAAUCAAGUGUGGGAUAGACCGGAGGAGGUUCAUGGGGGAGAGUUUUGGUUGGGGCAAGACUGGGCUCUUCAAGGAGGGGACCCGGGGUUUUGUAAGGUUAGGUCCUGAGCGGUAUCGGAGGAUACUCAGCCUCCUUCCUGAGGACAACGAGUUCGUAAAUUUUAUGAGUUCUAGUUUGCAAGAAGUGGGCAUCGUUUGACUAUCUACACUGCUAAAAGGUGUCAAUUACGGAAAAUUUGGUGUAAUCCUUCUCUUUUGUACAAUUAAACAGGUGACUGAGCUGUAGCUGUAGCUGUAGCUGAAUUACAUAUAACUGAAUUUGUCAGCUUGCAAAUGGAAGAACACUAAAUUUCCACUCUCAGAAUCUGUGUGAACUUUGUAGAAGUUAGGUGCAGAAAAAAUAGUAUACAUCGCAACAAGGUAA